AUGCAUAGCAAGUGGUAUGGAGUACUUAGUUAUUUCCAGAAGAAUCUACCAUAUUGGAAAUCAUCUAAAUACUAUCUUUGGACGAAAUUUACAAUUGCAAGUGGAGUUGUUGGCAUUGGGAUUGUAAGCUUAGCUGUACCUGUAUAUGCAUCAGACUUACAAGCUCAUCCUGCAAAACUACCUUGGAUACACAAUGGGAUAAUAUCUUCUUACGAUCAUGCUUCUAUGCGUCGAGGUUAUCAAGUAUACAAAGAAGUGUGUAGUGCUUGUCACAGCUUGAAGUAUAUGAGCUAUCGACAUUUAGUCAAUACAGUACUCACAGAAGAUGAGGCUAAAGCGGAUGCAGCUGAACAUAUGUAUCCUGAUGGACCGGACGAUAACGGAAAUAUGUUUGAACGACCAGGUCGGUUAACUGAUGUACUUCCAUCUCCUUAUCCGAAUAAAGAAGCAGCGCGUGCUGCUAAUAACGGCGCAGAACCACCGGACCUGACAUAUAUUGUCAAAGCUCGGGAGGGUAAUGAGAAUUAUAUAUUCCAUCUCCUUACAGGUUAUAUGGAUCCUCCACCAGGUCGUACAGUUUCAGAUGGACAAUAUUAUAAUCCUUAUUUCCCUGGUGGUGGUAUAGGUAUGGCAAGAGUAUUGUAUGAUGAUUUAAUUGAAUAUGCUGAUGGAACACCUGCUACAACUAGUCAAAUGGCAAAAGAUGUAGUAACAUUUCUUUGUUGGACUUCUGAUCGAACUCAUGAUGAACGUAAACGUGUUUUACUUAAGGCAAUAGUAAUUACGAGCGUUGUGUUAGUAAUAAUGGGGAUAUACAAACGGAAACAUUGGUCAGAUAUAAAAACUAGGAAGAUUAUUUACAAAAAUCGACCAGUGCCGAAGGAUGUUUAG